AUGCUACCGAAGAAGGUCAUUGCCCUGUUGAACCCCGACGAGGAUAAGCCGCAGUUUACGAGAUCGACUACAUUCAUCGACGGCCUCAAUCAAGCUGGUGACAUCUUUGGUCGGAGGUUUCGUGUAACUAAACCGGGCCUGAAGCGUGCGCACUGGGCUGAGGAUGAGGAACAGCUGAAGCAGAGAAUGGAAACAAUCAUGUCCGAUGCUGAAGUAUUCUUCUCCAAGGAUGAGUUUCAAUCCCAAGCCAAGAUACUGCAGGGCUCUCGUGAUUUCGGAGCCCAGCUGUUCUGCGCUUUGUUGCGCUCAGCUGCUGUAGAUGCGAGGCUUGUCUGCUCUCUCCAACCGUUGCCAUUCUCUGGGACCGUCAAGGAUAUGACGCCCGCAAAAAAACCCCCACAAUAUGUUGUGAUUUCAUCUGAUGAUCAUGAUACAUCUACCGACGAGCAGCAGAAGUCAUCCAGCGGACUGCCAACUCCAUCACGGACACGACGGAUUGGGAGGCCCGAAUUCACUUCACGUCCUGCUCAAAAAUCCGUGCGCCUAGUGUUCUGGGUAGAAGCCUUCAACGAGGCGGUACAAAAAUGGAUUCCAAUUGACCCUUUGGUGACCAAGACCUUGGCAAAGCCCUCGAAAUUCGAGCCCCCUGCAAGCGAUCCAUACAACUACCUGAGUUAUGUGGUCGCCUUUGAGGAUGAUGCAUCGGCGCGAGAUGUCACUCGACGCUACGCCAAAGCUUUUAAUGCGAAAACCCGCAAGUCCCGAGUAGAGACCACGCGAAAUGGGGAGAAAUGGUGGAAUGACGCACUACUUGCCUAUGAGAAGCCUUUCCUCGAGGAUCGUGAUGAGGCUGAAAUUAGUGAAUUGACCUCCAAAUCUGCCGCUGAACCGAUGCCGCGCAACAUUCAGGAUUUCAAAGACCACCCUGUCUACGCGCUGGAGAGACACUUGCGACGGAAUGAGGUGAUCUUCCCCAAACGUGUCAUCGGACACGUGGGCCUGAGCAAGACUACUUCAAAGAGUGACAAUCUGGAGACCGUCUAUCGUCGCUCUGACGUACAUAUCGUACGCAGCGCUGACAAGUGGUAUCGGCUGGGACGGGAUGUCAAGGUAGGCGAACAGCCUCUCAAACAUGUCCCUGCGACCAGGCCGAAGAGUGGAUUCGCCAGCGACGAGGAUGAUGAAGAGACCGAGGAUACUGCUCUCUACGCGGAGUAUCAAACUGAGAUAUACCGUCCCCCUCCCGUGGUGCAAGGUAGAAUCCCGAAAAAUGCAUACGGAAAUCUGGAUGUCUACGUGCCCAGUAUGGUUCCACCGGGAGCAGUCCACAUCAAGCACCCGGAAGCAGCUCGAUCUGCGAAAAUUCUGGGCAUUGACUAUGCAGCCGCGGUGACCGGGUUCGAGUUUAGAGGACGAAGGGGCACUGCAGUGUUUGCGGGAAUCGUCAUUGCCCAAGAAUUCCAAGAAGCCCUUGACGAGGUGCUCAGAAGUAUCGCCGAUGAGCGACUCCAAGCUGCCGUUGAAGCGAGAUCAGCGGAAGCUCUGCGACUAUGGCGACUGUUCCUCAUCAAACUAAGGAUUGCGGAAAGAGUGCAAGUCUACGCAGACGAUGAUGAGAGAAUGGAGUAUGCCGAUGAGCCAGAGCCAGAGAUUGAUAUGGAUUACGCUGAAGACGCUGGAGGUGGCUUCAUUCCCGAAGAAGGCGGAGGCUUUGUGCCUGAAGGUGCCGGUGGCUUUUUCCCUGAGACCGGCGGUGGAUUUGUACCCGAGGAGGAUGAACCCGCUGCUGAAGACGAGGGCGGAGGCUUCGUUCCUGACGAGCCUGACGAAGGAGGAGGAUUCAUCCAGGAUGAUUCCACCGAAGAACCUCGCGCACCGGUUCCUCAGCCAACAACUACGACUCCAUUGCAUGCGAAUUUGCCGAAAAAUAAACGACCUAAAGCGCCUACCGCCCCUCGUUAUGAGUUGAUUGUUGUGCCAAACAAAUCCGAGUGGGUAACAGAGGAAGAGCACCUAGCCCGCCCGCCCACAACGGGGCUCGAUGGAUCAUCAGCGACAGCUCCAAUCACAGUCGACUCGUCAGCCAACGGUGGCUCUAAAUCUGCUAGCGUUGAUAUCGUUUCUCGUCCACCAUCUCCCCCACAGGCUAUCCAGUCUCCACCUGCUCCAGAUUCUGAUAGUGGGAUUGAAAAGGGGUCUCUUCUGUCUGAGGAUCCGGAAGAUGAAGAUGCCAUUCCAGAGUGGCUAAUGUAA